UGUAGCUUACCUCCCCUUCGGUUAGUGGCCAGCAAGCCUUGGCUGCGAGAAGACGUGUGUUUAGUUCGUACCGCGACGAUCUCUUUAUCGCGGCUACGCGAGAGACUCCUUUUUCUCUUUCUCUCCCUCUCUCGCUUGUGUGUGCGCGCGCGCGUGUUUCGUGUUGUGUGUGCGUGCUUGAUCUGUACGAGAAGUGGCAGUGUUUCUGGCUCGGACGUAGGGACCCGGACAGUGAGGAAUCAUUCGUCAUUUGCAAACUGCCGAAUAAAUUCGGCUUCAUAGCCGGAUUCGCUGUGGUCAUCGAGAACUUGACUGAAUCUUUCAGUGUUCUCUCAUUUCUUUCUCUGUUUCGCGCUACUGUGUUUCUUACGGACAAGCACCGCCCCCUUUCCACCUCCGUCCCUCUGAUCGUAACGUUAUGAGGCCAGCUGAGCGUAACUGACGGAGAAGAGGGAGAACGGCUUGCGUGCGUGUGUCAAACAUAACCUAACAUUGUACCGUGAUGUAGUAAGAGUAAACCGAAAAAACGUGGCACGUUUAAUUUCAACACUCCUGCGUUUGUGACAUUCACGCAUUCGAGUGUUCUUCUCGUCUAGAAAUCAUAUUCAGUAUCAAAGAAUUCGAGGAAAUCUCGAAAGUAUUUGCAUUCUUCAGAAUAGAAACGGCCGACACGUAACGCCCUGUUUACCACCAACUUUGCUAAAGAAACAUACACGAAGAUAUCGAUUUUAUUCCUUCUGAAGGUUACUCAUCGCAUGUUAUCGUUUUUGCUGUAGUCGCGAUAAAAGGACGCGACCAGCCGCUGCGUUGAGCGUGGUGUCACGAGUUCCCCUUCACCCCUCGUGUCCAUCAAGCUUGAGCCCUUCCUGUCGUUCUUCAAGAGCGCGCGACGUUCGAAACUAAAGUACGCCAUUUAAAGGAGAACGCAACUGAUCGUUUUUUUCCACGAAUCGUUGAUUUUUCUAUCGUGAUCAACGUUUAAUUUGCUAAUUGAUAAGAAAAAUUGCGCGAUGGAAUCGAGAGCAAUAUCAAAAUUUAUUGACUUCUAAGAAAACACCUUUCUUUUGAUAGUAUAGUGUAUCCAUUUGUCAACCAAUCGUUCCAAUAACAGUGAUUUUGUAAAGAUUUAAUCCGAUUUAAUCUAACAAAAACGUCAUUUCAAUUCAAACGAAUGCUCUCAUCGAUAUCGCAGUGAAACGAGAAAAAGAGGAAAAACAACUUCGACGAGUUGUGUCAGUGUCACGUGUGUGUCUUGCCAAGACAAUAACGAGAUUUAGAAAAAGAAGUGUUUCUUUAGAAAGGUGAAAGAGUGAGCGGGAAAAGUAGAAACGGGCGAAAGGAUCGACGAACAGAGGCGUGUCCCUGGUUCCCUGAAGCAGCAGGGGCCUUGGCGGUGGCGGUGGCGGUGAAUCGGGAAAGGGUUGAGGAGGGUGGCCCGUAGGGAGAGAGGAGAGUUUUGAUGGCAGUAGUUGGGCCCAGCCGACACUCGCGAGUGUCCAUGAGCGUGUCUAUGUCGCUAAUGCAGGGGGGUGGGGCGGGGGCGACAGGCGGUGGCGGGACAACGGGGGCCCACCCGGGACAAGCGGUCCUCGCGGCAGCGGCCCAGGCACCCCCCACCUACUACCACCCUACCGCUCCUGCGCCCCCGCCACCGCCGCCAGCUCAGGAUCUCGUUCAGCCCGACAGACCCAUCGGAUAUGGUGCCUUCGGCGUCGUCUGGGCCGUGACAGAUCCGAGGGAUGGUAGGAGGGUGGCCUUGAAAAAACUGCCGAAUGUCUUUCAGAGCCUCGUGAGCAGCAAACGAGUCUUCAGGGAGUUGAAGAUGCUCUGUUUCUUCAAACACGAAAACGUUCUUUCGGCCCUGGACAUCCUUCAACCACCUCAUCUGGACUUCUUCCAAGAAAUAUAUGUGAUCACGGAGCUGCUUCAGAGCGAUUUGCACAAGAUUAUCGUCAGUCCUCAACAUCUAAGUCCCGACCACAUCAAGGUCUUCCUGUAUCAGAUCCUCAGAGGUCUCAAGUACCUUCACUCGGCCAGAAUCUUGCACAGGGAUAUCAAGCCAGGAAACUUACUCGUGAACAGCAAUUGCGUGCUGAAGAUCUGCGACUUCGGUUUGGCCCGAGUGGAAGAACCGGAUCAGAACAAGCACAUGACCCAGGAAGUGGUGACGCAGUAUUAUCGCGCGCCGGAGAUCCUAAUGGGGGCGCGACACUACACGGCCGCUGUGGACGUUUGGAGCGUCGGUUGCAUUUUCGGGGAACUCCUUCGUCGAAGGAUCCUUUUCCAGGCGCAGAGCCCUGUGCAACAGUUGGAACUGAUCACAGAAUUGCUGGGCACGCCAACCCUCGAGGACAUGAGGUUCGCGUGCGAGGGUGCGAGAUCCCACAUGCUGAGGCGCGCGCCCAAGCCACCCUCGUUGACGGCUCUCUACACCCUUAGCAGCCAGGCGACGCACGAGGCCGUCCAUUUGCUCUGCCAGAUGCUAGUCUUCGAUCCUGACAAGAGGAUCACGGUGGUGGAUGCACUGGCGCAUCCCUAUCUGGACGAAGGGAGACUGAGAUAUCACUCGUGCAUGUGCACGUGCUGUUACACGACCAGCGGCGGUUUGAGACAGUAUACGGGUGAUUUCGAGCCGGCCACGUCGCAUCCGUUCGACGAUCUUUGGGAACGGAAGCUCACCACUGUGCAGCAGGUGAAAGAGGAAAUGCACAAAUUUAUAGCGGAACAGCUGAACACGUCGCGCGUGCCGCUCUGCAUAAAUCCGCAGUCCGCGGCGUUCAAGAGCUUCGCAAGAUUUGUCGAAGAAUUACCUGUAUGGAGUUUCGAUCAAUCGAUCCCACAUCCCGUGCACACAUUAAUUGUACUUUCUCUUCCUCUUCCUAGCAACUUCCUCGAACCUCUCAUCGAUCAUAGUGGAAAUCGUUCGAGAGCUCGGUGCAGAGAUCACCAGGAGAUCGUCGAUCGUAUCCUCGAUUCUGUAUCUAUUGAAAGUGUCCGCCGUGUGAUAAAGGCGGGCUAUCUGUAAUAUAUUAUUAUUAUUAUUAUCUCGCAACGAUAGGAGGCAAGAGUUGAUAUUUGUAGGUUAAAACAGAAAAAAGAAAAAAAAAUAGGGGAACGAAGUAGAAAAGGCUGAUCUCCGCCGUGUAAUUUUUGUAUUUUCGGGUAAGCGAGGCCGGCCGAGGAUUUAAUAAUAUAUGGUAAUUGUAAAACAGUACAACUUGCAUCGCGUUUAUUAAUACGAUUAGUAAUAGCGAUUACGAAUAACACUUGUAACAUAAGAGGAGAGAAAUAUGGUUCGCCGGCGAUUUCCUGAUGAACUCUCUGAUUCUCAAAAGGAGAGAUUUAAGAGAGAUAUUUUUGAAAAAAACUUUUCUCGGAAGAUAUUUUGCACGAAAUUUCGAAUACGGGUGGAAGAGAAGAAAUUUUUCACGAUAAGAAUUCUCUGAUUAAAUAGAGAAGGAGUAAAAUUUUAAAGAAUCGACACGAGUCGUUUCCUCGAUCGAGAAUUUCCACGUGAAUCGUCGAUGAUAAAAGUUCGAGGUUGCUUUCUUCGAAAAUAUAUUCUUAGAAAACACGUGAUAAGACUCAAGACCAUCAUGAUGGUGAUGUACUCAGAUGUAAAUAGAAACUGUAAGUAAUUUAAACAAAAAAAAAAAAACACAACCAUUAAGUAAUAUUACGUGUCUACGAUGCCUAUAUCUGUUUAAUCUACGUAACGAGAUGGAAGCAAUUAAUUAUUGCUGAUCACUAUUAAACUAAUAACUAAACAGCAAUUUAUUCUAUCUGUGUGUGUCGGUUUCGAUUGGACAUAGAUUUUGUAUCACCCUUUUUCUCCGUGUAUGAUGUGUAGCCAGAAGGUCGAUUUCGAAGAGAACGGAAUAAUUUUUUUUUGUAUGUAGCUAAAUUAAAUAAAGAUUAAUAAAUAGACUUAUGAAUAUACGAACGAAAUAAAAAUUUUAUCUAUAAUUAUAAUUUACUUACGUUAGUAAAAUAAAUUUUGUUUAUUCAUAUAUCCUUGAAAAUGAAAAUAAAAUUUUACGAUACAUAAAAUUUGAAAUUUUCGUAAUCGUCGUAAGAUGAUCGAUACCAGACCAUUGGCUGUCAAAACGUGGAAAAUCUAAUUCCGUUCCCGUCGAAAUCAACCUUUUCAAUUGUAGAUUCAAUCGUGUCUUUCACAAUUAAGUAGUGUUUGUAAAUCGAUUUGCGAUAGACAGAGUCGCGUUUAUUCGAAAUUAGCUCGUAAUUUAAAACGUACUGUAAGGAGCCGACCAUAACGGUAUAAUGUCGAUACUGUCGCAUCGAUACUGUCGCGUCGAUUCUUUACAAGGGAAAAGAGGAAAUCGCGCAGGCUAUUCGAUGUACGCUUUCGAUCUUGAUCGCAGUCGAUAUAUUUCGAUUUAUGCACGUCGUAGAUAUGUCUACGCACCAGGUGCUUGAAGACCAGUUUUGAAAAAUUUCAGACACAAAAUUGCAAAAUUCAAAGGAGUAUUUUUUGAAAAAAGGCACUUAAGGCAAAAUUCUCUUGAUCAAAAUAUCAAAAUAGCCAACCAGAAUGAAACUUUUUAUUCGUUUAAAGUAAAUUCUUGCAUUUUUAUUGAGUGUAAAAAAUUGAAUAACGAUUAUUUUUUGGAAUAUACGAACAAAUUUUGUCUUAAUACAUCGAUUAAUUGAUUAAAAUUUAACAAAUUUUCGAAUGUGCAUAAUUUUUAUAACUUCUUUGUUUGAAAUUGCUUUUAAAGCAAUUUAUUGAAUAAAAGAUAUUCUAAUUAUAUAUAAUUAUUCGUAAUUAUAGAUGUAAAACAUUUAAUUUAUAUGAUUUAUAGAAAAUUUUUGAUGUGUAAUGCAAUUGAUAAUAUUCAGCAGAAUAUUAUAAAUAUAUAAUUUAUCUUUAAAAUACGACAUUUAAAAUAUGGUUUAUCAUAAAAUACGGCAUCAAUCUAACAAUUAUACUUAUUAUAAUUAUAAUUAGAAAAAAUAAUUAAUAAUAGUUCAACAUUAAUUAUCGUAUAAAUAUAUAAAUACAUACAAUAUAUAAAUCUCUAUAAAGCCUUUUUUCAAAAAGCUUCUCAAUCACUUUUAUAUUUUCUUAAAAUUUUUAAUCUUGUUAUUAAAUGUUGCUUUAUCAACGAAUUUUCACUCAAAAAUACAAAAUCUAGUUAAAUUAAAAAAUUUUAAUCUGAUAUUCGAAAAUAUUUCUAAAAUUACCUUUCUAGAGAAAAACAAUCACGAAAUUGGUCUUGAGCCCUUAUUUCUGUUAACUAGCUGUAAAAACUUGAUAAAUUAUGGCCAUGUCGAGAAUCUUUGACGAAGAAUCGAAUGCGAAUUGAAGGAUUUAUCUUUCCAUUCUUCUUCUCCGUUUGGAUUCUUCGUAGAAAAGAACGAUCGAUUGAUACUUUUCGGUAUAUGCACAUUUAUCGUUGUAGAAAGUGAAACUUCACAGAAAAAAAAAUAAAAAUCGUAGUCGAUUCCAGCCUUUCUAAUUCCAAAUGCGUCGUACUCGAUAAUUUUCGACUAAACAAUCAAAUAUAAGUGGAAAACUGCGAAUCAAAAAAAGAAAAAAAAAUAAAUCAGCACGAAAAUCACACGGGUGAACAAAUGUAAAGAACACGUGCAUGAAUAUACGCAACACAUACGUACACACAAAGAUAUUCAGAAAAAAAAUUAAGAUUAAUAAGCGAGACGAUUAAACUUUCCAGAUGAAAUUUCUCGAUUGCUCGAUAAUUUGCAUUCACACGUCGUAUAAUUUCUCACGAAAACAUAAGAACGAUUGUGUAAAUUAAGUUUGUAAGGUUAUCUUCGACUGGUAGCAUAAGAAAUGAUCGAAUGCUGCGAGAAAUCGAAUUCGUUUCUCUUUCGAGAAAUCACCAUCGUCGAUCGAUUAUCGAUUAGCUGAUUCGAUUUUAAUUUUACUUCAGAUGAUUAAUCUAAUUCUUAUAAAGAGAAAAUAAAAAAGAUAAAAAUAUAAAAAAUUAUUAAAGAUAUUUUGAUUUCUCGUUGCAUACGAUUAAAAAAAAGGAUUCUAGUUUGUACGCAUAAUAAAAUAGCAACAGCAACAACCGUUUUGUAUAGUGCAAGCACCAUUUUUGAAUACGAAAGUUUAAUCGAAAUCAUUUCGAAAAUUCGACGUUAGCUUUCGGAUGAUCAACAAAGCGAAUGACGAAUUCUAAGAACGAAAUAAAGAAAAUAAAAAAACAAGAAAAAAACUUAGAAAAAAGGAAAAAAAUACCAGAGCAUUGAAGACUGGCAAUCAAAACUAACGUAGGCAGAUUUAUUCUGGUGUCUAGCACGAUCAUAGCAGCGACCUUGUCAGCAUGCAACUGACUCGAAUACAAGAAUUAUUUUCGAUACGUAUCGUCUAGGAACAAACGAUUCGUUUGUUUUAUCUAAAUUAUUUAUUCUUGAAUAUAAUUUGUUAAAAAGAAAAGAAGAAAAAAAUUGAAGGAUAUUGUUAAAAUGUUAUGAUUAUAAAUUUGAUGAAGAAAGAAUUUAAUGAAAUUUUGUAUGAUAAUAUAUAAAAUAAUUUUGUUGAAACAUAGAAUUGAUUUGGUAUGCAGCGAUGAUAGUGCUAAACAAGAACAGAUCGGCGAAGGGAACUAAAUGCAAUUUUAUGCAACUCUCCUUCAAAGAAAAAAAUAAAAAAAUAAAAAGAAAUAGAUCGUACAGUUUUGCGAGUAAAAUGCGCGUCUAAUGUAACGCUAGUGAGUAGAUAGGUAGGUACCUGCAUUUCAUGAAAUUUAACAUGCUUGAAUAGCUCCUCAAUAAAUCGUUAUACAUGUUUUGAUAAA